AUGAUCAUUGCUGAUGCGUGGAAUCAUCGUAUCAUCCAAUGGAAGAUGGGUGAUAUGAAUGGACAAGUGGUAGCUGGUGGCAAUGGCAAAGGAAAUCGAUUGGAUCAAUUGAAUUUGCCAACCGAUGUGUUGGUCGAUAAUGAGACUGAUAGUCUCAUUAUUUGCGAUAGAGGGAAUUGGCGAGUCGUACGAUGGGCUCGUCGUAAUGCCACAACACAAGGAGAAAUCUUCAUCGACAAUAUCAAGUGUUGGGGAUUGGCCAUGGAUGAUCAGAAAUAUCUCUACAUCUCUGACACCGACAAACAUGAAGUAAGACGAUAUCAAAUAGGAGACAAGAAUGGAACUCUCGUGGCUGGUGGCAAUGGCAAAGGUGCUCGUCUCAUUCAACUCAACUCUCCGCGCUACAUCUUUGUCGAUCAACAACAGACUGUCUACAUAUCAGACAACGAGAAUCAUCGUGUGAUGAAAUGGAAUAAAGGUGCAAAAGAAGGUAUUGUCGUCGCUGGGGGUGAAGGCAAAGGGAAUGCUCUGACACAAUUGUCGUAUCCUCAAGAACUUAUCGUCGAUACGUUGGGUACUAUCUAUGUGACAGACUCGGGAAAUCAUCGAGUGAUGAGAUGGCCUAAAGAAGCAAAACAAGGCACUGUCAUUGUGGGUGGAAAUGGUGAAGGAGACAGAGUAGAUCGGUUCAGCUAUCCCAUGGGUUUGUCCUUCGAUCGACAAGGCAAUCUCUAUGUGGUCGAUCGGUACAAUAAUCGUGUUCAACAAUUUUCGAUCGAAUAA